AUGGACAUCUGGGAGGCCAACCGUCGCUCCAACCAGAUUGCACCCCACACUUGCUCCAAAGAGAGUCUUUUCACAUGUAAGGGUGAUGAAUGCGGGCCAACAGCCGCUGGUGUGUGCGACAAAAAUGGCUGUGGUGACAACCCCUACCUACACAGGAACGACAAGACAUUCUACGGUCCUGGGCUUAAAGUCGAUACUACAAAACCGUUCAGCGUCGUCACUCAGUUCCCUGCCAAAGAUGGUGUGCUACAAGCCAUCGUGCGCAAAUACGUGCAGAACGGCGUUGUUACCGAAAAUACUUCCGUCAACAUUACCAUGGACCAAUCCUUCUGCGACGCCCAGGGCGGUACUUCACAGUUCAAUGCUCUUGGUGGCCUCAAGGGCAUGGGUGAUGCUCUCUCUCGUGGUAUGGUCCUUGCACUUUCAGUCUGGUGGGACCAAAGUGGGUUCAUGAAAUGGCUUGACGCUGGUAAUUCAGGUCCUUGCAACGCGACUGAAGGAGAUCCAAAGGUCAUUCAGCAGAUCGAGAAAUCGCCCACUGUUACCUUCAGCCAGAUAAAGUGGGGAGAAAUUGGCUCAACCUUCGGGGCUGCAAACAACGGAACCAUGUACAAGUGGAGGGCCUAG